ACGAAUUAGAUUUGAAGAGAAACGUCAAAAAAGCGUUGUAACUUUAGUUUUGUUAAAGAUUUGUAAAAAAUAAUUGCUAUGCAAAUAAAUGAGGCAAGCUAUAUAAUAUUAAUAUAAUUAAUACUUCAUAAAAGUGUGAGAAGUACCGAAAAUGCAUAAACAACAUAAAACUAAUAAAAGAAAAUAAGUUCGUUUGAAAGUGUGAAUGAUGUCAAACUAGGUACUGCAAUUGUAAUUACUGUUAACACAUUGCUUCGUAAUACUUAACAAUAGUAGCCAAAAUAGUCAAUUGGUGCAUAACUAGCUUCUUAUUUUACACAUUAUUUGGGGCAAUCUAUAACCGGUGAAGAUUACGAGAGAGUGAUACCGUAUUUAGCAACCGUCAUACUUCGAACUUCAAAAUGGUUGAUCCAUUUCUUGCGACGAAUUACAAUGUUUUAGAGGUAAUUUUCUCUUAUUUGGAUUUACGUGAUUUGAGAAAUUGCGCUUUGGUUUGCUGGAAUUGGUACCAUUUUCUGAAUGAUGAAAGCUCGGAAGUAUGGCGAAUGCAUUGUUUGCGAAAGUUACCACAAGAGGCUCUAAAAUCAGAUUUGUUGUCUUCAGUUACUACCUAUAAAAAAAGAUUACGCGCUUAUUAUCAUGCCUGGAACCCAAAUGAUUGCUCCCGUAAUGUUUAUAUAAAACCAAAUGGGUUUACUUUGCAUCGCAAUCCCGUUGCACAAAGCACAGACGCAGCACGUGGAAAAAUAGGGUUUCGACAAGGACGGCACUCAUGGGAGGUCAUAUGGGAGGGACCACUUGGCACCGUUGCUGUAAUUGGUAUAUCCACAAAAGAAGCAGCUUUACAAUGUCACGGUUAUGUGGCCUUAUUGGGUUCAGACGAUCAGAGUUGGGGAUGGAAUUUGGUGGAGAAUAUGUUGCUGCACAAUGGUGAUGCGCAAGGAAAUUAUCCCUUGUUAAAUAAUCCACCAAAGUAUCAGGUCGGCGAACGGAUACGCGUCAUACUCGAUUGUGAUGAUAACACGUUAUCUUUCGAAAAAAACAGUGAAUUUUUAGGUGUAGCGUUUAAGGGUUUGCCAGACAAAAAGCUGUAUCCAACGGUGUCCGCGGUAUAUGGGAACACUGAGGUCUCAAUGGUGUAUUUAGGACCACCGUUAGAUGGUUGAAAUUUUUAUUUGCAUUUUUUUUCUACAGACAGUAUGGUAAAAAAAUAAUUAGACAUAUAUAAACUCUAUGUAAAAGAAAUACGUUUUCACACAAGAAGAGGCAAUGAUUUUAAAAGCAUUACUUUUAUACUUAAUUUUUCUAACUAUGCAAACAAAUCAAGAAACUACUGAAAAGUUUUCGUAAGCACAUAAACUUCUGAACACCUAAAAAUCCAACAUAGAUUCAAAUUAUGACCAAUAACAAUCUCAUCCAGAUAAUAGCUUUUAAUCAAAAGUAAAGUUUAAGUUAAUUCACAAAAAUUAUUAUUGUAAGUUUGCUCUUAAAAACAAAAACUUCAAAAGCACCAGUCAGUAAAUCAUAGAAAAGUACAGGGAGUUUAAUUAUCUGUAUUUUAGGUGAUGUGGGAAUCAAGUUUAAAUAUCGUUAACAAGCAGCUUAUUCAAUGUAAUUUGAAUUGUGGUAACAAGUGUGCAAUAUUUGUACCGUGAGAUUCUUUCAGCUAUUAUAUGCAUACUUUGACGCACGUUAAUUUUACAGGUAGCAUUUUUUUUAGUAAUUCUAACUAUUAAGAAAAAUACACCCAUGUGAAACAAAAUAAAAAUUCUAUUUGUAAGUUAGGUGUCACUGAAUUCCUUAUUCUCAGCGUAAUUUUUAAAACAUUUCUUCAAAGUGACUCUGUUAGUUAAUUUCGUAAGGUCCACUGCUAGUCCAUCUUUUCAGUUUAGCUAUUAGUUUAAAAAAUGUAAAUAUAACUUUAAUAUAUUUUAAGUUUAUUUUAAGAUUGAAUGCAUAUUUUACAAAUAUUGUAAGUAGUGAAUUAAAUUCGGUCCUUUAAUGUUAUUUUACUCCAAAAUAAUCAUAAUUUAAGUGAAAAUGUAUAUGUAAAUAUAAGAAAUAUAAAACCGUAUUGAAAAUUCAAA